AUGGCGAGCAAUAUUCCCGCUGCAUUGAAGUCUGCGGAUGUUGGUCGCUUUGCUCUGCGGGCAGCCCAGCUUGAAAAGGCGAAGCCCAUCAUUGCCUACUGGUGUAACUUCUACAUUGUGAACCAAAUUAUUGAAAAAGGCCUCCAUACCACGGAUGAGGACGUAAAACUGUAUACAACGGAGCUAAUGGAGAAGCUGGAACAAUUUCAGAAUGGAAACCGCGACAAUGAUGCUAUUACGGAUUCAAUGGCCGCCAGUGCCUAUGUGGAGGAGUUUGGCCUCGAAGUCUUUGGUCGUGCAGAAGCCGCCCUGCGGGCCAACAAAGUGACCAAGUUCGCCGCCGCCACGUUUCUCGAGUUAUGCCAGAUCUGGAACCCUCUCGAAGCGGAGGUUGCUGCGAAGGUGAAAUUCGCCAAGUACCAUGCCGUGAGGAUUGCGAAGGCGAUAAAGGCGGGAGAGGACCCGAAUGCGACGAACCCAAAGAUUGAGGAACCAGCAGAGGAAAGCCUGGUAGAAAAAUCAACCGAGUCUGAUGCGGCCACUGCGCCUUCAACUGCUCUGUUGCAACCGAGCGUUGAAGACGAUCCAGAAGAAUCACAAUAUGCGCAAUCUUCUGGACCGUCGCUUGCUCUACCGCAGCCGCCAACAGCCCUCAACAAGCUUCCUUCCGCUACUGAAGAGCCUGCGUCUAGUCGGGUUGCAGACGUAGGCUCGGCCGAGGAUUUACCACUCAACCUUCCAUCAACACCGAAUACCUUUGCUUCCUCAGCAGCGCCGAAUCUUCCUGAUACUCCAACCAACAUCGGAGGAUACCACCGUUCUAAACCGUCUAAUGAGUUUCAGUCGUUCCCUCCACCAUCUGCGAUACCACCUACUAGCUCCUCAACCGCCUCGCAAGGUGAAGACUCUUUCUAUAACGUGCCAAGUGCCGCGCCCAGUCAAGCGCCACGUCCAACACAUCAACCUUCACCUAUAGCAACGCCUCCCGUUGUAGCCCCCGCGCCCUCUACCCAAGCGAACUCUCACGAUAUUGAUGACCAAGCAAUUGCUCUCGCUCAGAAGCAUGCCCGGUGGGCUGUAUCUGCUCUUACGUUUGACGAUGUCAAUACGGCGAUCAAAGAGCUACGGAACUCUCUAAAACUCCUCGGUGCUGAAUAG